AUGGCAUCUGAGGUCAAAUUGCCUCCCAACAGCGACGGACGAAGCACUGAUUCCAAACCAGAAGCUUCAGAAGCUCAAUUGAUCGAUGACUUCCGGCACAACCCGAAGAAGUGGCCCUGGGCCAUCGGAACCCCCUCCACCGUGGUGUCGCCCACUGACCACGACGGCCAGGAUGCCACGAGGAUCGAGAUCAUCUCAAGGUCCUCCUCGAAGUCGUACUUUGAGCGGGUAGGAGGAGGAGGAGGAGGAGGAGGUGGGGGAGGAGGAGGAGGAGUAGGAGGUAACGACGACCUCAAGGCCAACCGGGACGGAGCAGGGGAACUGGCGCGGGCGUGGAAGUCUGGCGGCACUGGGGCUGUCGUAGAGGAUGUGGGAGGAGACGGCAGAUUGCAGCCCCACCCGCCAGACCACGGUCGAAAUGGGACGGGAAGAGCAGGGAGCGUGGGCGUGGGCGGCGGCGGCGGCGGCGUGUGGUCAGUAGACGGGUGGACGGCCCAGGACGCCGAGAGGUUAGCCAAGCAGCGCGCCCACAUCCUAGACACCAGCAGAGGCGGCGGGGGCGGCGGCCGUUCCAGCGACGCCAGCACCGGCGGGACGUACUCAGGGUCUGGAAGCACCGGGAGCAGCAGCGGCAGCCUGGAUGACACCACCAGCAGCUGCGGCAGCUUAGGCUGCGUGGGAGGAGGGAGGCGGGGGAGUCACGGAGGAGGAGGAGGGGCGUGGGGGGACAAUUCGUCAGGAGACGAGGGUUGCUGCUGCUGCUGCUCUUCGUGCUGCAUGUGCCCCAAACCCCGCGUGUCGGCGGCAGGCGUCAAGCGUCCCCCUGACUCGAUGGUGAUGCCGAGCGCCGGUGGGGGGAUCUUGCCCCCCCUCCGGAAGCCGCGCUGCUGGCACUCGCUGCUCCUGAAAGAGGACAACGCCAGGUUCCUGCUUCUGGCCCUCGUCCUCCUGAUCUACAUGAUCAUCGGGGCGCUGGUGUUCCAGGCCUUCGAGGAGGAGAAGGAACUGCGGGAGAGGGGUGACUUCCAGCGGGACUUCGUGAUGACCUUCCAGAAGGUCAAGGACGACAUCGACAAGAACAACCUGACCCUAGCGAAGGUGGAGGACCUCCUCUACAUCUGGGGGAACAUGACGGACAAAGGGUUCGUCUCCGGGAGGAAGAAGUGGGACUUCGCAGGCAGCUUCCACUUCGUCUACACUGUGGUCUCCACUAUUGGUUAUGGUGCUGCAGCCCCCACCACGCGCGGUGGAAGGAUGUUCUGUAUAUUCUACGGUUUAAUUGGGUGUUCGUCCGGUAUCCUUUUCUUCAACCUUUUCUUAGAGAGAAUCAUCACACUGCUGGCCUUCAUUAUGAGAGCUCGUCACGAGCGCAAACAGCGUAAGAAAGCGGAGGCCAUCGCCGUGGCCAAGAACCAGCUGAACGCCCGCCGAGGCUCUCAGGAUUCCAUGGAGGAUUCGAACCUGGAUUCCUGGAAGCCCUCCGUCUACUGGGUCAUGUUCUACCUGUCGCUCGCUAGCAUCGUCGUGGCCUUCCUGGGCUCCGUCAUGUAUAUGAAGGUGGAAGAGUGGACCUACGACGACUCGCUCUAUUUCUCGUUCGUCUCUUUCGCCACAAUCGGUUUCGGCGACUUCGUCUCGGCCCAACAACCAGACGAAUUCUACGGGCCGGGGCUCUACGCCUACCGCUUCUUCAACUUCGCCAUCCUGGUGUUGGGAUGCUGUUGCAUCUACUCGCUCUUCAACGUCAUCUCCAUCACCAUCAAGCAGUUCCUCAACUGCAUCAUCAAGCGAAUGGUGUGUUGCUGCUCGCACGGAAGCUGCGCGCAGCCUCAACGUCGGAACACUGUCUCUCCCUCGAGGGUCCAGAAGAACUCGAUCAAGAGGGUCGGGGGAGCCGAGUACGACUCAAUGUACGGCUCCGAGGCCGAGAGAAAGCUCUCGGGAGAAAUGGUCUCGAUGCGGGAGUACAUUACUAGUAAUAAGGAAGACACUUGUUCAGAUACAGGUUUAGACACACAGCCACUGAUUCAGGAAGACUCUCGUUCAGACACAGAUUCAGAAACAGAGCCACUUACUCAGGUAUCUUUGGCUGUGAUGCAGAAACAACUCUACGAAACGGCGCAGAUGGGACGCAGCAGCUCCAUGUCUGCACACCCUCGUACCCCCAGCGAAGAGAGGUUCACGCCCGGGCAGGUGGGCCCUCUGGCCAUCGCCUCGUCGAAGCUCCUGGAUAGCAUGUCGUAGCCAUACUCUACUAUCUACUAUAACCUCCGCUGGGAGGCGAACGCCGAUCGUCCUAACGAAGAGCUUCUUCUUCUUCUUCUUCUUCUGUCCAUUCUUCAGCACCUUGUCUCGAAUGCCUGUGUGACGAAACUGAGAUAUUAUAUUAUAUAAUAAAUAGCGUUUAUAGAAUGUGCAACAGAACAUAAACAUAAGCAAGAAUUGAGAUGCUGCGCGCCCGUGUCGUUCUUGGAGUUUCGACAACGCUGAAGGGAUCGUGUUUGACGUGUCUGUGACCUUCAUCCUUGCCAUCGUCUCGUUCUACCCCGAUAUUUUUCCUAAAGUAUUUUUGUACUUCAGGAUUUACCUGUCAUAUAAAUAUAACCUUUUCCUUCCCGCGACGAAAAAUCAAAGCAGGAACCAAAGAAAGACUGGUGACGGUUCUAGAUUUAUUGGGACGUGUUUAACCGAACUUAGAACUUAAGAACUAAACUUGUCGUUACAAUGACUGCCCCUCUCGAUAAAACCAAGCCUGCAAGACGAGGAUUUUACUCAGAAAUCAUACGGGGUUAUACCUCUUGAAAAUAAACGAAUAUUCUGACCAAAUACCUGAGACCCACAUACAAGUCUUGUGCGAGUGUCCGUGACCACAAUAAUCUCCUUGGCCCAUUCUGUCUUAACUGCUGCUCCAUCUCUCCACGUCUGAUGUCUCCGAGUUUCCCCCUCAAAAAAGUGAUUCCGACAAGUAGCCUUGAUGAACUGACUUAAGACUUUCCUGAAACUUCUUGUCUUUACUGGAACCAAACUUUUUCUCUCCCACCCGCCCACCCGAAAUGGAUAUUAAUACAGUGACUCCUUACACGAGUGGUGUUUUUCCUUGUUAAUAAUUUAAAACAAAAACUGUUUCCAAGCCUCAACAGUCAGUCAGUGUGUGUGCGUGUGUUUUCUCUCGACCAUUUGAUCACCAAGUGACCUAUAACAGUGAACCGUUUUGUACUGCAUGUGUGUUUGUGUGUGUGAGAGAGACGAAGGAUUUGGAUAGUGUGUGGGGGGGGUGGGGGGC